AUGCCACCAGUUUUCUUCUUUCAAGUCUCGAUAGUUUCCUUCUCGCACGACGACGACCUACCGCUACAUGCAUGUUCCACAUUUUCAGAUCCCAUACAUCCUUUUCCUUUUCUUGCCUUUCGAACCCUUACCACCAUGAUGUCUAACUCCACAAAAGUGCUGCCCCCACUUCCUGCUAAUCUUGGCCAAGUUUGUUACAAUUGCUUCCAACGUCACGGAGCAUUACAGAGAUGUUCGGGCUGUCGUCGGGUGAGCUACUGCGGUACUGAGUGCCAGAAGGCGAACUGGUCAAAGCACAAAGCGAUGUGCAAAGCAUUGAAGGCCGUUGAAACAAAAACUGCUAAAGAGAUACUCGAUUCCUUCAACCUGCUUUCACUUUCGGACUAUAAAGGAUCAGACAGCGACAACGCGAACGCCCUCGCGUCCAUCGUGCGCGUCUCGAAGGUGUUAAUACCCUCCCUGGAACAAGAACUCGGUAGGCCACUUCACCGAAACGAGCAUAAUCUUCUCGGUUGGGAACCUCGCUGCCUUUCCUGCGGUCGCUCUGAGAUGCUCCUCCGAAUCGACUCGGACACCAGGCGCACGCAGCAACAAUUCGCGACCCUCAGACCCUGCCCUGACUGCAAACUCGCGUUCUACUGUUCUCAGGAGCACUGCGAUGCAGUCAGAAUUAUUCACAAAAGUUCCCCAUGCCCCGAUGACCAGGACGGCCGAACGCAAUGCGCACUGAACCAGCAAAUCUACGAUGACUCCCUGCUUUUUACCUCCAUGUCUUCGCCAGGUAUCUCGUCAGAGGGCGAGUUCGAGUGGUACCCGGAGCGUACCAAAGCCUCCUGGGAGCCCUUGAAAGGGCUCGGUUGGAAAUCAAUGAUAUCCGAUUUGAAGGAGGAUAUGUUUGGGAUGCCACUACCAGGCAGUACGUUCGAGCCACUGUUGAGGUGCGCCACAGAGAGUCUAUCAAUGAUAAUGACAAUUCUGUGGGGGCUGGAGUGCUUAAAUGAAGGCAAUGCGUGGACGAGGAAGAAGACCUUGAAUAUCCACAUCCUGGUGCCAGGCGAAGCGGAAAUUGACCAUCGCCAAGUCUUCGAAGAAAUAUUGCAUCGCCUUCCCCUCGUAAAGAGCGUCAAGCUCAUCUUAUGUGGACCGGGGCUCAUGAGGAUCGUGCAGCCGGCAGACAUGACAAGAGAGUUCGGUAUAAGCAAUUGUCCGCAAUGCUCGCAGAAAGGUCGGAGCAUAGGACAAUUCCUCGUCCCUGGGAGCUACCAUAUCUACAUAAAAGCCAAAGGGGAGCUUUUCGAGAAACCUGACCUUGCGAUUGCCUUUAAUUCGAGGUGCUCAGAGGGAGAGAGGUCUUCCUGGAAGGAGACUAUUAAAGCAUUAGUCAAGCUCAAGAUUCCCAGCGUUUUCACGGCGUACUAUGAACAAGAAGCCCGAGAUCAGGCAGAUAUGUUCAAGGCAGCAGGCGCUAAUAUACUUCAAGAUAUGGGUCCUAAACCCAAUCCAUGGGGGAGCUCUAUGUUGAAGAUGGACCCACACAGCAUUACUGGAUUCUAUGCCGCAAACAAAUGGAUCUCCGCUGGCUUCUGCUGA